UCAAGCGAGAGCUCCACCUCCACUGUGUACAAACAUAACUGGCGGGAACGUGCCAGUGGGCCAAAAUACAGAUAUUACUCAAGUCUUGGUCAACUUCUGUGAUCCUGACUGUCUACAUUUAGACCAUGCAGACACCACUCUGUCUUGGGAGUAUUGCCAGUGACAAGCUUGGAGUUUUGUUUUCUGUGGAAAUUAGUUUCAGCUUGUGAAUAUUGGUGAUUAUCCAGAUCAAAUAUCUGCUGUGUAAAAUCUGCAUUGUGUUGGACGGGGCAAGACAGGGGUGUUCACUUGACCUUAUCUUUUCCUUUACACCCAGUGAUCUGGUCGGUGGUGUGACCAUUGAGUUGGACGGGGCAAGACGGGUACUCACUUGUCUCUGUCGCUUCUUUUUUACACCGAGUGAUCUGGUUGGUGGUGUGGCAGUGUGCCAGUGACAGGACAGAGCCUAACACUCCAAACGUUUGGACUACUCACUGCAAUUUGGACAGGUGUGGAGGUGAGUUGCUGUUUGGUCCAUUAUAUCCCAAACAGUGUUACAAAAAAGUGUCACAAGAGACCACCUGGCUAAAGUGCUCAACAUAUUUGCAAACAUUUGCGAAUUAGAGAGAGGAAAUUGAACUACGUUUGCUUCUGGGACAAAGUGAUUGACAUGUCUUCGACCUACUUGCUGGAUACUUGAAAACAGCUACCUCAGUCUAUAUGCAGACCAUAUUCCAGAAUUUCAUCACACAUUAAAAAGUGUAGGAAGCCUUUAUUUCCUAUUUGUAAAUUUCAUCAACUAUUAUUAAAAAAAUAUUUGGAUUGCUGUUCAUGUACCAUCAUGACAUAGAAAGAAGUCUGUGAAUCUCUCUGAAUACAUAUGACUUGAAGACAUGCCUAGAGCUUCCAACGACAUCACUUGUGGACUAAUUUGGACAAAUUUGAUUUAAUGCUUGAUGCACCUUUACUCUUACAAAAAAUAGACCGGAAAGUGGGACACUUUACCAGUUCAUUCUCAAACAGCGUCCCAGAUCUCUGCAGACCAGAUGGUGCAGCAGGGCAGACGGGAAAACAUUUCGCCUUUGCUUGUGACAGUUGCGUAACUGACAGUGUGUGACAGACAGGUCUUCCCACAACAUCUCAGACGGCCAUUCACUGGCAGACAGUUGCCUGGACAUCCCAGACAGCCAUCGACAGGCAGACAGUUGCCUGGUGACCUGUCUCCUGUUGGCCUCAAGAAAGCUGACUUCAACUUAUCCAAGGAUCUGAGUUUCAUCAUGGUUGUAUACCAAACCGAUGUGGUCAUGGAGCCGGAUGAAAUGGAACAGCCUAUAUUUGCAACAAAGGCACAUGUGUUCCAAAUUGACCCCGAAACUAAGAAAAAUUGGAUUCCGGCUAGCAAGACAGCGGUGAGCGUUGCAUACUACUAUGACUCGGCAAGAGACACCUACAGGAUCAUCAGUGUGGAAGGCACAAAGGCUAUUGUCAACAGUACCAUCACCCCCAACUUGACAUUCACCAAGACCUCCCAGAAGUUUGGCCAGUGGUCAGAUGCAAGAGCAAAUACAGUAUAUGGCUUGGGCUUUCCAACAGAAGCCGAUCUUGGCAAGUUCAUUGAGAAGUUCAAAGAAAUCAAGGACCUGACAAGAAGUGCUGUUCAGCACCAACUUCAGUCAGGAGGCUGUGAAAUCAACGGCACCGUCGACGCCAACAACUCCUCCCCACCACAACCGUCCCAACACCGCCAGUUCCUUCAUCAGAGGACCAACAGCCUAUCUUCAUUACCGCAGGGUGAUGUGGGCAGCUUACGUGAGCGCCGGAACUCGUUCACCCAGGGCAGCAACAAUCUUCCUCAAGCCAGUGCCACAGAGGCACAGCUCAAGUAUGAAAACGACAGACUCAAACUUGCACUUGCUCAAAGUUCCAGUAAUGCUAAGAAGUGGGAGGUAGAGCUCCAGACCCUGAAGAACAACAACGCGCGUCUGACAGCAGCACUGCAGGAGAGCACCUCCAAUGUGGAGGAAUGGCAGAAACAGCUGGCAGCAUACAGGGAGGACAACUCCGUCAUGAAGAAGAAGGUGGCGGAGAUGGACCAGAAAGGCGGUGGCGGUGCUGAUGAUCGGGCGGAAGUGUUGGAAGAGGAAGUGCAGCAGGUGCAGGCACAGGUCGAGCAACUAAGGGGAGACAACUCUAUUAAAGACAAGGAGUUGGGAAUACUCCGCCAACAGGUAGAGGAUCUGUCCAAUAAGGAGACCAACUCAACUGCCCUGCAGGCUCGUAUACAGAACCUGGAGGAGGAGAACCACAGCCUGUCCCUGAAGGUCCAGGACCUGCAGAGACUUCUGAACAACACCAAGGUCAACCAGGACACAGACACCAGGGAACUCCUUUCAGUACAAAAUCAGCUGGGAAAUAAAAUCACAGAGCUGUAUGAGCUCCAUGAACAAAUAGUCUCUAUAGUGAAGAAAGAGUCGACCAGCUAGCCAUGGGCCUGUUGGGCACUCUCAUUGUACAGUGGUGUGGCCUUCUUCUUCCGGCAGAAACAGGGCUUACAUGUUCUGCUGAAGUUCAUUUUACUGAUCAACUGUUAAUAGGUUUUAUCAUAGGUGGAGCCCUUCAUGUUUGUCACCUGAACUCCUUGAAUGUGUUCACGGUGAACUCCACUGGAAUAUGUUCAGAGGGUUAUGUUUUCAUGGGUUUUAUAAAGGGAGGUGCAUUUCAUAUUGUUCAACAAACUUAAAUGUGUCCACGAUGAAGUAUAUUAGAAUAUGAUCUGAGGCUGAUUGUUUUAAGGUUGUAAAUAAUUUUGAAACAAGAUGGCUGUGCAAGCUAUGUUAUACGUGUCAUUAUUAAUACAUUAUUCUAUUCAUGUUAAUUAUUACCUCAUUCAGUUUAUGAAUCAGUUUUGUUUUUAAACUUUGUUUUCAAAAGAAGUUUUCUGCUUUGUGACAUAUAGUUGAAAUCCAUGAUGCUUAUUUAUUUUUUCUGAAGUAUGGUCUGAAACAAAAAUUACUCUUGUGUUCCAAAGGGUUGUUUCCUAGACAGGAGAGUCUACUUAACAUAUGGGAAUGUUCACUAAGAAAAUAUAUUUUCUUUCAAAUAGAUAUCCAUGUUCAGUAUGUGUGGGUUCCGAGGGGGAAUAGAUUGUACAUGCUGGUGUGUGUAUCAGGAACAGUGGGGUUGUUGGCCUGGUGUGUUUCUGUAUUCUAGUAUAUGUCUAUGUGCCAUAGUAAUGAAUAGUUUACCAUAUUUUAUGAGAAACAUUGGCCUGGGGAAAGCAUCCCUUAGCCACUAAGAUAAUCCGGUGUGGGUUUCAAAUCCUGAAUUCACUCUUAUUGGGACUGUUGGUCUGUCAGCACAAUGACUGUGUAUUUGAACAAAGUGGUAAACAUAUAUCUAAUGUGACAGUUUGGACUUUCAAGCUGAUAUACCAUGCUGGGACAGUUUAAAUACUUUUCAAAGUGGUGCGGUAGACCCUCUGUCUCACAAGGCAUGGGGACAAUGUAUGAAGCCCUUUUCUGGUGUCCCCACCGUGAUAGUGCUGGAAUAUUGCUAAAAGUGGCAUAAAUCCAAACUCACUCACUCAUUCACUUCUCACAAUGCUGAAGCUCUGGGUUGGUUAUGUUUAUGAGUAAAAUGGAUGAGACAGUGACAGGACUGUUUGACAAAUCCACUGGUAAACUGUACAAUGUUAUGAAUCUCUAUCAACAAGGGCCAGCUUGCAAGGCAGUGACCACACAACUAUGGUGACCAAGCAUGUUUGCAUGUGAAGUCUUGUUUGUUAAUGACUUAGUUUCUUCCAACAAAAAUCUGAUGUUAUCUUGAUGGGAGAGGACUGUCAAACUGUCACUUCGGUAUCAAUGAACAUUUAAUCUUUUUCUUGGAUUUUGUGUGUACCCCAAACUGCCAUGAACUGUGACUGUUAUCCAUAUGAACUUUCAUAUGAUACCAGACUUGUUGGAGACACUGGGAAUUAGUAUUGUAGGUUAAGAUCUUAAGUAUAAUUUAUGCCUUAGCCUCACGUUACCCUACCCUACCUAAUUGUUAAUAAUGUUAUGUUCAAUGAUGCUAUUUCUUACACUUAAGCUGUUGCAAAAUUAUGUAACAAUGUUAAGUAUUUUACAUAUCCUCUUUAUAGAGAGAGUUUCUUUUAUACAUAUGUUACGUUGAUCUGUAAUAUGACUGUCAAUGGCAUUAUAAUGGGACCAUGAAGAUUCAGUUAAUAAAUCUACUCCAAAGUCCUGCACAUCCACAUUGUCCUACCUGGUAGUUGGUGUGGGGACAUUGGUUGAGGUCUCAGUGUUGGGGCAAACAGGGACAACAGUUGGAGGCAAACAAACCUUACACCUGUAUUGGAUUACCAGCAGCUACAUCCUGUAGAUCGACUCUAUGGAGAUGUAGGUUUGAUGCACCCAACAUAUUUAAUAAGCCUUAUGGACCUGAAAGGAGGUGUUUGAGCACUGAUGCCCUGAAAGGGAAUCUUUGAUCACUGAAGGUCUUAAAGAAGAUCUUUGAGCACUUAUGGCCUUUAAAGAAAUCUCUAAACACUGAGGGCCUUAAAGGGGGUGUUUGAGCACUUAUGGCCUUAAAUGAGAUCUUUGAACCUUGAGGGCCUUAAAGGGGGUGUUUGAGCACAUGGCUUUAAAGGACAUCUUUGAACACUGAGGGCCUUAAAGGGGGUGUUUGAGCACUUAUGGCUUUAAAGGGCAUCUUUGAACACUGAGGGACUUAAAGGAGAUCUUUCAGUACUUAGGACCAAAAGGACUGAUGGCCUAAGAGGGAGGAUGGCAUACUGUUCAUGAAAUAAACUCUUUUCCAAGCCGGCCCAUGCAUGAGGAAGUUUGCUUUUGAACAGAUUAACACAACUCUGAUCUUCAUCCUGACCCAUAACUGAUUCAGAUGUGAACUUUGUUAUAAGACAAGUAGUAAGCCUUUGUUUACACAAGACAUUUAUUUCCUGGAGUUUUCAAUAAGAAUGUCAUACAGAAUGAUUGUUGCGAUUUGUUUGAGAUGAUGAGAGUGGAUACUUUGUAGUCCCUGCAGCUGUAGAGGGUUGUAGCAUCAUUGCACCUGUGUGUCACAGUGUUAAAUACUCAUACAGUUGAUAUUAGUCUCCAAGCAUGUUGCUCGAUCCAGUUUGAGACACACUUACAGACCACAUUGUGACCAGCUUAAAACAGAUUCAACCUGAGCUGAAUGCAAUAUUUCAUUAACAAUAGAAAUUUAUUAUGUUGUUUUCUCAUGAAAUAUUUUGAUAGAAUCGCCUUCUACUGGCUUUAGUUUGUCAAGAUCUGACGAUUUCUUUCAAAGCAAUGUCAUGAAACUAUAGAACUGAUCCUCAAGAGAACAAUUACCUUAUAUAGGACAAGUUAUUAUUUAUUUUUGUCUUGUUUUCUACUUAAUCAGUAUUGUCAUAUACUGUAUCAAUACUUACCUUAGUAUUUAAUUGUGUGUAAGCUCAUUAACUCAGGUAGGCAUUGACGGAGAUACACAUUGUUCUGGCAGUAUUCCGGAGGCUGUGGGCGAGAGGGGAGCUGAGAUUUCAUUGUGUCAUAUAUAGUAUCUAUUUUUGUAAUUCCAUUUGAUGAUAAUAUCAUAUUUUUUAUUAUUUUUAUUAUCAAAAUGAAAAUGUGUAAUCAAACUAUGUUUGUGUUCAUUGUUAGAUUGGAACAAAAUACCAGUUGUAAUCCUCUUUAGCCAGACCCAUUUGUUAAUUGGUCUAUACAUGUGCCAAAAUAAUGGGUCAGGUUUGCAGAGAAAAUAUUAAGACUGAAAAAAGCGUACUAAUUGAGGAAAUUUAAUAUGAAUAUGAAUAUGAAUAUUUUGAAAUGUCCUGGUGAAAGUUUUUUUGGAGGUGUUUUUUUCGCUCCUGUAAGGUACUGAAGUGUUGUUAAAACUAGACUGCGAACAUUUAGUGUGUCAUAAUACACAGGGCACUGCACCUUGACUUUCAUAACUUUAUCUUCAUAAGCCUCCUCCAUUAAACAAGGACUUCUUGUGGCCUGUAUUGUAAGUAUUUCGUGCACUGACUACUUCACAUGUAUUACUAUGCCAGCAUAUAGAUUGGGCUGGAAACUGGGCCACGGGACGCCCUUGCAGUUUCAGUCGAAUUAAUCAUGACAGACUAUCUCUGGUCAUAGUGCAAACAUCAGCCUGCUACAAGAGGCCUUGAGUACAGGAGUCUUGAUACUGAAUAUCGUUGCGUCACUUGUAACAUUUUUUUCAUAAUCAUAUUAUAUAAUUAUUUUGUCAUAUCAAUAUUAGUCUAUACUCUCAACAUUUGAGCCUUAUACAGGUCGCCUAACAAGUACUCAACUAUCGUACAGUAGUAUUCACCUCCCUCUUGUUUCUGUAUGUUUAUAUAGGCGUCAUAGUCAGAUGACCUUAGUAACUCUCUAUUUGUGACAAUACCGGUUUAUAUAUGAUGCCAGGUAACACAAUGUAACAAUCACUAUGUGAAUAGACCUGAUUACAUCUAGGCCACUCUUUUUUUAUUUUGUUUCACAGAUUUAUUCCAGCUUUUUGACAAAAUUUUCGGUCAAAAUGAAAAUAAAGAGUUAAGUCAAUAAUAUAUUUAUUUAUAUAAAAGUCAUUCUCCCAUGGAGUUAAA